AUGGCCUAUGAAGGAGAAGAGAAAAAUGAUCAAUUCAAUGUCAACCAAGAUGCAUUCUUCACAGACAGACAAUAUCAUCAAACAGGUAAAGCACAAACCAGUAAAAAUAACACGCAAAGCAAGACAUGUUAUAUAUGUGGCAAAGAAGAAUGUCGUUCAUGGAAGCAUACCAAUGUUGAACGCGAAAGAUAUAAGGCAAAGUUUCGAACUUCACUUAAAGAAAAGCUAGGAUCUCGAUUUGUUGACGGCAAUUGCUUCAAAAAACAAUAUCAUCAAUAUAUAGUUGACUUUGAAGGUGAUGAUGAAUCCUACGCAGAUAGCGACGAAUUUGAAGACGCCUUUAAAGCUUUGGAGCUUGAAAUACAAGGUGGUAACAACAAUGCUCGAGAAAUAGACGAAUCAGACGUCUUCUUGACUUCAUUUGGGGAAAUCAGUUGCACUGCUACUAGAUCUAUAAUGCUAGAAAUGGCAGCAGAUUUAUCAAACAGAUCCUCCAUUCACGCUCUCACUACCACUAAAAAUAUUGCGCCUAGCUCCUCUGAAGCUGAUCCCUUUGCCUAUACAACAUCUCCUCUUUGUUACACCUCCGAAACAUUUAUGGGUAUCAUGAUUGACACAGGGGCUUCUAAGAGAUUGACCGCGGGUUAUGGCCAAUAUAAUGCACUUCAAAAGCUUAAUAAUAAUGUUUUAAAUUUAAACAAACUUGAUAAAGGACUAGUGAAUGUUCAGUUUGGAAUCGAGUCUACAUCAUCAAUUGGAUCAAUAAAAGUAGAUUCACCAAUUGGAAGAAUUGUAUUUCAUGUUGUCAGGGCUGAUACUCCUUUUCUACUGUGUCUUGCAGAUAUGGAUAAGCUAAAAACUUACUUCAACAAUCUGACAAACACUUUAGUGACACCUCAUGGAAUUGUGCCGGUCAUACGAAGAUUUGGUCAUCCAUUCAUACUGUGGGAUAAUUCACUCUCGAUUUAUAUAUCUGAAUCUUUCAACCAAUGCCCUUGCUAUCUUACCAACAUUGAGCUCCAACAGCUUCACCGUAGAUUUGGCCACCCUUCUAUUGAUAGGCUUCAUUGUAUAUUAGAGCGCUCAGGACAUGGAGAUUCCAAUCACCGCAAAUCCCUAGAAGCAAUCACACGGUUUUGCAAAUAA